AUGCUAGCCUUGCCCUCUCGGCCCCCAUGCCGCCCUGGCCACCUGUCUCCAAAACCCUCUGGCUUCUACUACCAAGACAGAUGGCACUCAAUGUUCUGUUCUAGCCGUUCUUUCCCCACUGUGAGCAGCAUCCUGAACUGCCUGGCUGGCCACAUUGUCUACAUGAUGGGAGAUUCCACCCUUCGGCAGUGGUGGGAGUAUCUGCGAGACACCGUGCCCUCUCUGAAGCCAGUUGAUCUACAUGUCCAAUACCAGGCAGGUCCCCUGAUGGCUGUGGACACAACUCGGGGGACAGUGUUGCACUGGAGGGCCCACAGCUGGCCCCUGCGCUCUCGUCGCACUCCAGUGGCCUCCUUGCACUCUGUGGCCAGAGUUCUGCAUGGCCUGGCCGGGGGUCCCUACACAGUGGUGGUGUUCGGUUUGGGAGCCCACUUCACCACCUUCCCUCCAUCCAUCUUUGCUCGAAGACUGGCAGGGAUUCGGGAAGCUGUAAAAGCCCUGCUGGACAGGGAACCCAGUACUCUGGUGGUUAUCAAACUGGCCAAUACUGGCUACAAAUCCGUGUAUGGCAGUGACUGGCUCACAAUCCAGGUGAACAGGUUCCUCCAUGCUGCCUUUGAUGGUCUCCAAGUGGCCUUUGUGGAUGCAUGGGAAAUGACCUCCAGCUUGGCUGUACCAGACGACAUCCACCCAAAGAGGCUUAUUGUCCGCAAUGAAGUGGAAUUAUUCCUGUCCUUCAUCUGUCCCACCUGA